AAAAUUGUUUCUAUAGCACAACCCUAAAUAUAAUAGUAAGAAGAACCCCCCUUCCCCCCUCCAAUUUAAGCAUAGAGAAAACUUUCUUGUUCUUGAAGAAAAGACAACCCUUUUUCCAUGCAAGCCGGAUCCUCCUCUAACGCUAACAUGACUUGCACAUUGCUAGUGGACACAGGGAAUCCAGGAUGGCUGAAUUCGAUGGUGAAAGUACUCAAAAAGCUUGAAGGAUGUGUCACCCACUUUUCCCUGGAUGCACUGCAUGGUAUUGCUACGAUUUCUGGUAAAAUUGAUUCGAAAAGCAUCCUGAAGGUGCUAAAUAAGGUUGGAGGUGAGCAUCUUCUACUCGAACGGAUCGACUGUGGAUUCCAUCCCCCUGAAACUAGAUUACAAAACAAUCAACCUCAACCUCAUCCCUCCUAUGCUGCACCAACUCCACAUUAUCUGCCUCCACCUCCAGAGUUGCUGCCAAAAUACAACAACAACCAUCAUCCCUCCUAUAACGCACCACCUCCACAUCAUCCUCCUCUUCCUCCACCUCCAGCACCACCGCGGAAUGUCAAAUACUCUGCCGAUGAUCCUGCUGAGUGCAGCAUCAUGUAAAACUAUUGGUGCAAUGUUUAACUUGGUUUGUAGCAUUUCGAUCCGUUUCUUUGUGAUUUGCAAAAAUGCUUGUAAUUAUAAACUUAAUUGGUUAAAUGCUUGUCAUUUAUUGUUUCUCUUCACAUCUAUAUAUGAAUAUAGUUAAUUUGACCAU